AUGCCCUCCGCCACCCGAUCCUCCCAAAGCCCCUGCGACAGUUCCCCAGUGCAACAGGCUAGAAAGACUAAGCGCAGCGAAGACACCUUUUGGAACGCCGAUAUGACACCACCAUACCGGUCACCAAAGCCGUCAGGAUGGUAUAUGUAUGUUCUCUCGACCUUAUUCUUGGGUCGAAUUGAAUCAUAUCAGCUGUCUGAUGAAAAUAAUUUUCAGACCUGCCCUGAGUCUAGUAACCCAGGAGAUGGAUUAGGUGUAUGUCUCUGGGCCGGAGCUGGCGGUAAUUCUAACGGUUGGGUCAACCAGGAAAACAAAUCCAACUGCGGGAAACAAAUAUACAUUCAAAGGAAAGGUGAUGCAAAAAAUCCUCAUUAUGCCAAAGUAAUUGGUGGCUGUGACUUUGGACCAAACAUCGAUGAAACAGUGGGGUGCUUCAAUAUUGCAGUCAAUGAAGCGCUCUUUGAGAAACUCAACCCCACCGAGGCGGAACGUAAGGAUGGCGCCCUUUGCGAUGUCACCACUUGGGAUUUCAACAACCUUAAGGGCACUAAGCCAGAGAACGCUUCAUACUGA